GGAAUACCCAUCCGCGUCAAAGGGAGAGGCGAGCUCCAGCUCCCCGCGAGCCUCAGCCCUUCAGGAGACCUGCGUUAGCAGCGGCUGAGGCCGGGGAGCAAUGGCGGCGGAGUCGCUGUCCGGUUUCUUGGACAUCCGCGCGGCGGCGCCGUUCCUGGUGGCGGCGGUGGCGUUCUACUUCCUGGUGGAGCAGCUGUCCUACCACCGCAAGAAGGGUCCCCUGCCGGGCCCGCCGCUCGUCGUGCCGUUCCUCGGGAGCGUCGCGCACAUGAUCCGCGACCCGACGGGGUACUGGGACGGGCAGGCGGCGCGCGCCAAGAAGUCCGGCGCGGGGCUCGCGGCGGACUUCCUAGUCGGGCGGUUCAUCGUGUUCAUCCGCGACUCCGAGCUGUCGCAGCGCGUGUUCGCCAACGUCCGGCCCGACGCGUUCCACCUCAUCGGCCACCCCUUCGGCAAGAAGCUCUUCGGGGAGCACAACCUCAUCUACAUGUUCGGCGAGGACCACAAGGACCUGCGCCGCCGGAUCGCGCCCAACUUCACGCCGCGCGCGCUCUCCACCUACGCGGCCCUCCAGCAGCGCGUCAUCCUGGCGCACCUCCGGCGGUGGCUGGACCGGAGCGCCGCCGAGGGCGGGCGGGCCUUCCCGAUACGGGUGCCCUGCCGCGACAUGAACCUGGAGACCUCGCAGACGGUGUUCGUGGGGCCGUACCUCACCGGGGAGGCGCGGCGGCGGUUCGAGCGGGACUACAACCUCUUCAACGUCGGGCUCAUGGCCCUGCCCGUGGACCUGCCCGGGUUCGCGUUCCGGCGCGCGCGGCAGGGCGUGGCUCGGCUGGUGCGCACGCUGGGCGAGUGCGCGCGGGAGAGCAAGGCGCGCAUGCGCGCCGGCGGCGAGCCCGAGUGCCUGGUGGACUACUGGAUGCAGGACACGCUGCGGGAGAUCGAGGAGGCCGCGGCGGCGGGGCGCCCGCCGCCGGCGCACACCGACGACGAGGAGAUCGGCGGGUUCAUGUUCGACUUUCUCUUCGCGGCGCAGGACGCGUCGACGUCGUCCCUCUGCUGGGCGGUCUCCGCGCUGGACUCCCACCCGGACGUGCUCGCCCUCGUGCGCGCCGAGGUGGCCGCGGUGUGGUCGCCUGAGUCGGGCGAGCCCAUCACCGCGGAGAAGAUCCAGGCGAUGCGGUAUACCCAAGCGGUGGCGCGCGAGGUGGUCCGUCACCGGCCGCCGGCGACGCUGGUGCCGCACAUCGCGGGCGAGGCGUUCCGGCUGACGGAGUGGUACACGGUGCCCAAGGGCGCCAUCGUGUUCCCGUCGGUGUACGAGUCGUCGUUCCAGGGGUUCCCGGAGGCGGAGAAGUUCGACCCGGAGCGCUUCUUCUCCGAGUCCCGGCGGGAGGACGUGGCGUUCAAGCGCAACUUCCUGGCGUUCGGCGCCGGGCCGCACCAGUGCGUGGGGCAGCGGUACGCGCUGAACCACCUGGUGCUGUUCAUGGCUCUGUUCGUGUCGGUGGUGGACUUCCGGCGGGAGAGGUCGCCGGGGUGCGACGACCCGGUGUACAUGCCGACCAUCGUGCCCAAGGACGGCUGCGCCGUGCGGCUCACGCAGCGCCGCGCCAAGUUCCCGUCUUUCUGAGCGCCCCUUGUCUGUCCUCUCGCUCCUCCUGCCUCCUCUGCCAUUCCAUUCCCUCUCUCCUCUCGGUUCCAUUUUUCUUUUCGAUUUCUUGGCGGGUCGCGCCCUCCGGUCGCCGUGUGAUGCUUUGGUGGUGGUGAUGAUGAUUUGUAGGUUGUGGUGUUGGCUUGCUCGUGUCUGCUGUGUGGCGGGGACACUCCAUUCAAUUAUUUUGUUGGCAAUUGGGUUGGGUCUGGUCGGGUUCGGGACUCGAUCUGCUGCUUGGGGUCCCAGCCUGUCCAGAGGAGGAAGAAGAUAGUAGCAGUGUCAGUGUGAAUGAAUGAAUACUGUGGGUUGUUGGUGACUGCA